AUGAUGAUGAUGCAAAAUCCACAUUAUUCGGAAACACCAACUUAUAAAGAAGAAGAAGAAAACACAAUAGAUAGACUUGAUUAUAUAAGAGAUGAAUGGAAGGAAGAUGAAUCUAUCAGUCUUAAUGGAAAAAGUAUGAAAGGAGAAGUGAUAUCAUUAGGACAUACUAAAGAUGGAUAUUGGAUAGAAAUAGGAGAAGGAGAAGAAUAUUAUCUCAUCUGGUUUAAAAGAGAAUUGUUUUCAUCAAAAGGAAGAUUGUUUGGUAUUCCAUUUAUGAAAGUAGCUAAACCACAAAUGAGAGUUAUUAUUAACAAUAUAUUAGUAGAAGAUUAUGAAAUUUCAAAAAAUGAAAAAAAGAAAAAGUAUUUAAUUAUUCAUCUUCAGAGUAAUGAAACAAAUAAUACAAAAUGGUUGUUUUAUAAUCAAGGAAUAUAUCUACUUGAAUAUAAAACAAAUGGAGAAUUUAAUCAAGGAAAUAAAUACAUUAUGAAUCAACAAGAAGUAAAAUUUAUUCAAAAUAUUCAUUAUAAUAAACCAAGUAAUGAAAUUAAUUUCAUUACACAAGAUACUAAUAAAUAUCUUCGUCAAGAAGGAAUGUUUUUUGAUAUUAUUGGUUAUGUCAUUGACAUUAUUUAUUUAGAAAAAGAUAAUAUACCAAUAAACAAAAUAGUAAUGAUUAUUGGGUUUGAUCCAUCUGAAAUUAAAAAUAUUAUUAAUUCAAUUAGUAAAACUAAUUGGUUUGGUAUGAAUUAUUUAAAGAAAAUUUGUCAAUCAGUAUCCUUUAAAACUAAAAUAAUUGAUACAAAAUCAAUGCUUAAUAAAUGGGUAUUAAUAAAAAGUAUACAAUUUAAUAAAUAUUCAUCUUUUAUAACACUUGACUAUAGAUUGAUAAAACAACUUGAACCAACUGACUCAGAAGUUAUUAAUAAAAUAAAAACAAUAAUAGAAGAUGGAUUUAAAAGUGAUAUUGAGACUGGAAAAUUUAUUGCAAUGCAAUUUACUAGUCAAAAAGAAAUAAAAGAAAAGAUUUUAAAAUCAUUUGAAAGUAAUAAAAGAAUUCAACAUAUUAUCCAAAAUAAUGAAAUUCAAAAAGAAACUAGUUUAGAUUAUAAGGAAAUUAAAGAAACAUCAAUUGAAAAAGAAAAAGAAUAUCUUCCAAGUUAUGUUUGUAAUGAAACAAUUCAAAAACAAUUUGAAGAAGAAGAAGAAUGUUAUAUUUUUAGUUAUAGUGAAGAUGAUUUAAUAUUUAAUGCAAUGCCUGGAAGAUGUUGUGAUGUUAAUGAUGAAAUCUUUAAUAGACCAGUAAUUCAACUUGAUUUUAAACACAUUUCUGAUCCUAAUAAUUUAGAAUUGUCUAAUAAUGUUAGUAAAGAAUUAGAUGAAUUUAUAACUAAUUCAAAUGAAACUGAUGAAAUAGAUGAAAACACUGAAAAUCAAAAUCAAAUAAAUGUAUUACCUAAUUUAGUUAUUACAAAAUCAAAAGACCAUAAAACAGAUCAAACUGAACAUGAAAUAACCAGAAAACACAUACCAUGUUCAAAAGAACAUCUUUUACCAACAUUAAAAAGAGUCAUAUAA